CAUCAGUUCAUCCCAGCUACACAGUACUUCCAAUCUCACCUUCCACCUCUGAAUACUCUACAGGCGGUCCCGUUGAUUUGAUUGCCGGACAAGAAUUCGUUAAUUUCCUAUAACAACGUCAUUUGCAAGCCGUCAAGUCCUCCCUAUUCAUCGCAAAACGACAAUCGCUGCCUUGUAUUUGUCCAUCCCGCACAAUGGCUGGGUGGUUCUCGUCAGGCACGUCUGUGCUCGACGAACAGAUCGAAAAAGCCACCUCUUCAAGCUUGGAAGACAUCGCAACCUCGCUCGAGAUUACGGACCUCAUCCGAUCAAAGACAGUGCAGCCUAAAGAGGCCAUGCGAUCGCUGAAGAGGCGGAUAGGCAACAAGAAUCCCAAUGUCCAACUAUCAGCCCUGAAACUCACAGACACCUGCGUCAAGAAUGGCGGCUCCCAUUUCCUCACGGAGAUUGCUUCCCGUGAAUUCAUGGACAACCUGGUCUCGUUACUCAAAGCCUCCGGCGCCGCGGCUGUCAAUGACGAGGUCAAGCAGAAGAUCUUGGAGCUGAUCCAGAGCUGGGCCAGUGCUACUCAGGGAAGAUACGAUUUGUCAUAUAUCGACCAGGUCUACCAGAGCUUGCAGUCGGAAGGCUUCAAAUUUCCGCCCAAGAUCGAGAUAGCCAGCAGCAUGUUGGACAGCAGUGCACCGCCCGAGUGGACAGACAGCGAUGUCUGCAUGCGAUGCAGAACCUCAUUCACCCUGACAAAUAGAAAGCACCACUGCAGGAAUUGUGGCAAUGUCUUCGACCAACAGUGCUCAUCAAAGUCGAUUCCUCUCCCGCAUCUAGGCAUUAUGCAGCCAGUGCGGGUCGACGACGGCUGUUACGACAAGUUGACCAAAAAGUCAGGCGGUGGUUCCGACCGCCGCGUCUCCUUCGCACCCAAACCGAGUUCGAUGCAACCCCGAAGUGCCAGGGUAGAGAACAAUAGCAGCUUUGAUGAGGACCUGAAAAGAGCAUUAGAAAUGAGUCUUGAAGAGGCGAAAGGCAUUCCAAGCUCAGGCUAUGUUCCGCAGUCGCAGUCAAAGCAAGAGCCGGCGAAGACAAACGGUGUAUCAAAUGAUGAAGAAGACGAUCCGGAUUUGAAAGCUGCCAUAGCACUAUCUUUGAAAGAAGCCGAAGAGCAAGCCAAGAAGCAUGCUGCUUCUCUCAAGAAAACCACAACCGACGGAGCCACCUCCGCUCAGCCUUUCGUCAUGCCAAAGAACGAUUAUGAAUUGUCUGUGAUGGAAGCUGAGAAUAUUAACCUGUUUGCCACGUUGGUCGACCGCUUGCAGCACCAGCCGCCGGGCACAAUUCUGCGCGAGCCUCAGAUUCAAGAGCUGUACGAGAGCAUUGGAAAGCUUCGACCGAAGUUGGCGCGGACACUGGGCGAAACAAUGUCAAAAAAUGACGCGCUCCUCGAUCUACAUGCAAAACUAUCUACGGUCGUGCGGUACUACGACCGAAUGCUUGAAGAGCGGUUGAACAAUACUUAUAACCAGAGAAAUCCGGGGUACGCCGCCUACGCAAUGCCCUCGCCUGCGGCCCCCCAGAGUAUGUAUCCCUCGAUAUCGUCGGGACCACCGCCGUCGAUGAACGCUGGUCCUGGUGGCGCGGAGAACUACUAUUUCAGCAAUGCGCCAGUCGAGACUUAUGCUCCACCUACCCAAGCAACGCCGAUCCCUCAACCUCAGCGUUCGUAUUCAUAUUCGAGUCAGAAACAAGAUACUCCUGCCUCACCGUAUCAAUAUCCAGCUCAACAGCCCUCACAGCAGCAUCAACCUAUGCCGCAACCUGGACAAUUCAAUCAACCACCCUCACCACAGAUGUACCAACAUCAACCCGCUCCGCAGCAACCGUACCCAUCUCAGUCCUCUCAACCUCCAUCUAUGUAUCCUCAGAUGCCUCCCUCAGAUCCUCAGCAGACUCCAACGCCCUACGCUCAAAUGCCGCAGAUGCCACCUGAGGCACCUGCUCCACAGCCUCAAACUCAGUAUCAUCAAUCUCCACCUCAGCAGGCGACACAACAGCCUUAUCAACAACGACAGCCAGCACCUCCGGAGCAAACACAGGCUCCGUCGCAACCUUACCCACAACAGCAAUCACAGCAACAACAAUUUGCUCCGCAAUAUCAGCAAGCUCAGCAACAGCAACCACAACCCUUGCAACAACCGCCGCCAAUGUCCACCGGGGGUUCAUAUGGAACAACCUAUCCCACCUAUACGCAGGACCAAUUCCCUUCUGCACCACAACAUAUUCCGGCUGCGUAUAGCCAACCUGCGGCACAUCCUACGCAGCAGCAGCCAGUUGCUGUCGAGGAAAGUCUGAUUGAGCUCUGAAAUCCUCGGCCCUGCCAGAGUAGAAGUGAAGUGGUCGUGGUUUGUUCCAGGUCAAGGGAUCCUGGACGCGGCGGGCGCAGACGACGACCACAUUAGGUGAGCGGGCUACUGGCAGCAGCACCGAGGGAAGUAUAGGAUAGCCCCUCCUCGCGUCCUUGUUGUGGUUGAGCGGAUGAGACAAGGAUUCUCUGAUAGUGAUGCGAACGAAUUUUAUGUUAAGAAUGGAUUCGGCCUCGUCGAUUUUAUACCCGUCUAGGAAGGGAAUACCAUAGAUGUGCUCUGCACCUUGCUGCUCUCUGUCAUGUGCAUGAACUGAAUCCCGCAAAAUACCGCCGAGCUAUAUCUCUCCACCGACAUGGAUAUACUUUUGAC